CGGCCUCUGGCUCAGUCACACAGCUACGUGUAGGUGACUGGAGGUGUAUAGUUGUCCUCGCCUGGAUUGUGCUGAUGUGGCCCCAACCCUACCUUCCUACGCGUCCGGUGAUGUCCAAAGAAACCCGAAAGGGCAAAUUGGCUGAGGCCAAGGAAAAGUUGAGAGACUAUCAUCCCCAGACCAACCCUAGUGUUGGUAAAGGAGCAACCGACACCAAAAAGAAGAAAACAAAUAAUGGCACUAACCCUGGGACAACCACUUCUGGUGGUUGCCACUCACCUGAGGAUAAAAAGAAGGCAAGCCUGCAAUAUCAGGAAGCCCUAAGGAGGGAGCUAGAGGCCCAGGUUCAUACCAUACGAAUCCUUACAUAUCAGAAAAGUGAGCUUCGGACGGCACUCUAUUACAGCCAGCAUGCUGCCCAGCAGUUGGAAGGAGAGUCCAGGGAUCUGGUCAGCUGCCUGCAUGAUUCAUGGAAGUUUGCAGGAGAGUUAGAGCGGUCUCUCUUUGCUGUCAUUACCCAGAAGAAGAAGGCGGACAGGUACAUCAAGGAGUUAACAAAGGAGAGGGACGCCCUGAGUUUGGAGCUGUACAGAAACAUCAUAACCAAUGAGGAGCUGAAGGAGAAAAAUGCCGAACUGCUAGAAAAACUUCGACUUGUAGAAUCUGAAAAGUCUGAGAUCCAGCUCAACGUAAAGGAGCUAAAAAGAAAGCUGGAGAGGGCCAAGCUCCUACUGCCACAGCAGCAGCUACAGGCGGAUGCUGACCACCUGUGUAAGGAGCUGGAGAGUGUGGCAGCAGAGCUGCAAGCCCAGGUGGAAGAGAACGAGUUCUGGAACCACAUGAACCAGCAACAGGAGGAGAAGUUGUGGAGGCAGGAGGAGAAGCUGUGGGAGCAGGAGGAGAAGAUGCGGGAGCAGGAGGAGAAGAUAUGGAGGCAGGAAGAGAAGAUGCAUGAGCAGGAGAAGUUGCGGGAGCAGGAGGAGAAGAUGCGGGAGGAGGAGGAGAAGAGGUGGAGGCAGGAGGAGAAGCUUUGGGAGCAGGAGGAGAAGAUGUGGGAGCAGGAGAACAUGCGUGAGCAGGAGGAGAAAAUAUGGGAGCAGGAGAAGAUGUGGAGGCAGGAGGAGAAGAUGCGGGAGCAGGAGGAGAAGAUACGGGAGCAUGAGAAGAUGUGGAGGCAGGAGGAGAAACUGUGGGAGCAGGAGGAGAUGAUGCGGGAGCAGGAGGAGAAGAUGCGAGAGCAGGAGGAGAAGCUGCAGGAGCAGGAGGAGAAGCUGUUGGAGCAGGAGGCUAAGCUGUGGAGGCAGGAGGAGAAGAUGCGAGAGCAGGAGGAGAAGCUGCGGAAGCAGGAGGAGAAGCUGCGGGAGCAGGAGGAGAAGAUGCGGGAACAGGAGGAGAAGAUGUGGAGGCAGGAGGAGAAGAUGCGGGAGCAGGAGGAGAAGAUGCGGGAGCAGGAGGAGAUGAUGUGGAGGCAGGAGGAGAAGAUGCGGGAGCAGGAGGAGAAGAUGUUGAGGCAGGAUGAGAAGCUGUGGGAGCAGGAGGAGAAGCUGCGACAGCAGGAGGAGAAGAUGUGGAGGCAGGAGGAGAAGCUGUGGGAGCAGGAGGAGAAGAUGUGGAAGCAGGAGAAGAUGUGGAGGCAGGAGGAGAAGAUGCGGAAGCAGGAGGAGGAGAUGUGA